AUGUCGCCUAGUGCGGGGAAUGGCGCCGCCCAUAAGACGCUGGAGGAGCAGCUGUCGAGUCUCAGCAUCCACGACCCAGCUGGACAGCUACUGGCGCAGAUCGGAGAUGGCGACUACUCGCAUUUGCUACCGCAACCGAGCUUACCACCAGAGGUGCUCGAGAGGGUCGUGCGCCACCUUCAGCCGGGCGUCUUGAUCGGUGACCCCGUUGCGCACAUCACUCUCAUACGACUGAGCUGUGUCAGCCGGCUGAUGCGCUACUGGGCCCUGGACGCCCUGUACUCGAUCGUCAUCCUGCCUCGUCAUGUCCGCGACUUUCGCAAAUGGUACGCCAGGUCGGUCAAGGCUCAGCCGGCGUAUCAAUUUGCUGGCUUCACGAGGGCGCUCUUCUGCUCUCUUGACGAUGUUUCGGCUCUCACCUCGUUCUCGGCUGGAUGGGACCACGAGCUAUUGCGACUCCUCCACUACUGCGGACCAAGUCUGACUCACCUGUCGCUUUGGCGCGCAGAGUCAAUGGCGCUGCUUCGAGAUCCAGGUCAGGUUCGGGAGGGCUACCGAUUCGGCACGUCGCAGCCGGUACAGAUGUGGGGAGAGCUCGAGGACGGCGACGGCGACGCCGUUGCAGAAGCGCCCGACAACGAUGCUGAAGAUCAACUGGCGCCGCCAGAAGCUGCGCAUGCCGACGACCUAUUCAGCAAAGAAGAACUUGACGACAUGCCAGGCUGGCUCAAGGCAGAGAUUCGAAUGCAAGGCACCCGUGCUGUCACCAUCCGACACAAGGCUCACCUGACACCGACACGACGCAUCGCACGACGCCAACAAGGCUGUCAGCCAACACACCUGAGCAUCAUGAUGAGCCUGCCUUUGCUCGAGCACGAGGAUCCCAAGGUGUUUUCCCGCAUGCUCGUCUGGCACCGUGUGCAGGAACUCGACGUUCACAUUUCCACACCUGGACACACGCCCAAGAUCUUGCGGCUGAUUGCAAGCCUUCGAGACUCUCCGAUACGUCGGUUAAGGAUAUCGACCACGUUUGCAUCGCUGUGCAUGAUGACACCACCAUUUCCUCCGUCCAAGCGACAGCGUGAUGCUUCUGCCGACGCCGCAUUACAAGAGUACGAUUCGAACGGGGCGUCUGCGCCUUUCCACGACACAGCUGCAAGCACCAUAUAUGUGCCGACUCUCAACCUUUGCGAUGCAUUGACCGGCAUAUUGAACGAUGAGCUCUUGCGGAGGGUACUCAUCGAAGAAUUGCAGGGCAAACCGCUUGCUGCCGUACCGCAGACCGAGCAAAUGCUGCUCAAGCGAUGCCUGGAGGGUCCGGGACGGAAAGGCGAGAUCGAGGACAGCUGUCCUGCCGACACUGCGCGAAGCGAUACGUACGCAUCGAUUUCCAAGGGCAUCAGCUCGCCAGACGACGCUCAACGCCAAGCCGAAUUGGCUCGUAACUUCCGCCUCACCGUCACACGAGGUGGUCAGGCCACGUGGGCCAAAUUGAAGGAUCGACUGUGGGACUUUCGACAGCGGGUGGAAGGCAUCAGUGAAGGCUCCUGGGAAGCCUUGUCCUAG